AUGUCCGAAGAACAGAAGAGCAUUCGGAUCAUAAUCGCAGGUGCCGGAAUUGCUGGCUUAGCAACAGCUAUCUCUCUUGCGAGGAUUUCUUCCUUGCAGAACUUGGACAUCCAGCUAUAUGAACAGGCUCCUGAGCUCUUGGAGAUCGGAGCAAGCAUUGCUCUUAGUCCCAAUGGCCUGCGCACAUUAGAAAAACUUGGAGUUCACAACUCUCUCGAUAGUGAGGUCGGCUAUAGAGGCCCAAGUGGUAUUCCCCAGAUCUUCCGGCAUUGGAAGACCAAUCAAGUCCUUUCUGUGGAUACUCAUAACAAAGUUGAUCGCGGAGACCAUCACACCACUCGAUUCCACCGAGCUCACUUGCAUGCUGCUCUCCUGGAACAUGUCCCCAGAGAGUCAAUCCACCUAGGCAAGAGGCUAGUUCGUGCAGAAGCUAGUAAGAAUGGAGUUUCUGUAUUUUUCGAAGAUGGAACUAGCGCUCAAGGUGAUGUUUUGAUUGGAGCCGAUGGGAUCAGAUCGAAAGUUCGACAGUCCUUCAACCCAGACUACAAGCUGAUUUUCAGUGGCAAGGUCUUAAUGAGAUCUACUUUUGAUACGUCGCUGGUAGAGGGGAAGAUCCCUAAUCUGCCUGCAGAUUCUAUGCACUGGUUGGGUCCACAAGAUAACUUCUUUGCAUCUCGACUAGGCAAGGGCCAGUAUACUACUGUCGGUGGAUAUCGUGAUCCACGCCCAGUGGAAGAAAUCGAGCGAACUAUUUCAUGGGAUCAGCCUGGAAAUGUAGAAUUUCUAAGGGAACGAUACAAGAACUGGAACCCUACCGUCAAGGCCCUAACCGAGCUAACUCCCUAUACGAAUCUUUACCCAAAUUUCGCUGGAGCUGCUCUCCCAACUUGGGUCUUUAAUUCACGGGUGACCCUCGUUGGAGAUGCAGCCCAUGCGCAUGGAGGCUAUGCCGCGGCUGGAGGAUCAUUGGCACUGGAUGAUGCAUUCGCCCUUGGUCUCGCUUUCAAGGGUGCAUUCAACCCGUCAUCAGGAGUUCCAAAAGCUACUGAUCCGAUUGAAAACGCCUUGGAACUCUACAACAGGACUAGACGGCCCCACGCCAAUCGAUUGGUAAAUAUUGUGCAUGACCAGAUUGAAAGCGAAGGCCCUACAUAUGCAUCUGCCGAAGAGGCGGAUAUCGCAUUUCGUGCUAGAGUGAAGGAUCGAGCGAGUACCGAGUGGUUGUCGGAACAUGAUGUUGAGGCUACAUUUAAUGAGGUAUACAAGCAGCAUGAGAGAGAGGGAAGAUCCACCAACGGAGAUUAUUCGACGCAAUCGAAGCAACUCAAUAGCAGCAAGCUAUGA